AUGGUUAACAACAUUACAAUUGAUCGAUUACGUCAAGCUAUUGAUACAAUUAUUGCUAAACAUGCUAUAUUUCGAGCAUCAUUAGAUUGGAAUAUAAAUACAAAUGUUUUAGUUCAAUAUAUUCAACAAUUUAAUUAUAGAAAUCAAUAUGAAUUUGUAAUUAGUUAUGUUGAAAAUGAUGAAGAAAUAACAAAAAUAAUUAAUAGAGAAAUUACAAGUUCAAAAUUAUUUGAUCGUAAUCGAGGCAUUGUAUUACGAUGUCACAUAAUUAAAUAUAAUUCUACGAGAAAAGAUGAAGAAAUAUGCUUACAAAAUAAUGAUAUUAUUAUUUUUAAUCUUCAUCAUAUUGCUUUUGAUGGUGCUUCACGACGAAUAUUUUUUAGUGAUGUAAAAUAUAAUUUAGAAAAUGAUAGUACAUUAAUAAAUAAUGAAAAUCAAUUUCAAUACAUUGAUUAUUCAGUUUAUGAAAAACAAAUGGAUAUAAUAUCAUCUUAUCAUUUCUGGCAAUCACAUCUUGAUGGAUUGAAUUUCGAACGUCGUAUUAUAUUACCUUUUGAUCGGCAUCGUUUAUUAACUGAUCAACAUUCAGGUUUUGCUCAUCUUAUUGAUAUUCCAUUUGAUAAUGAUUUAAUACAUUCAUUUCUUGAUUAUGCUUCUUCACAAGAUAUUACACCAUUUCAAUUAGGUCUUAUCAUAUUUUAUACAUUUUUAUAUAAAUUAAGUCAUAAUCAGAAUGAUCUAUGCAUUUCAUGUAUUCAUGCUAAUCGAUAUAGAACAGAAUUACAAAAUCUAAUUGGUAUGUUUGUUGCAACAUUACCACAUCGAAUUCAGAUUCAUCCUACUUAUUCAUUCAAUCAUCUUAUCAAACAAGUUCAAAAUGAAUUUUAUUCAAUUCUUGAACAUACAAAUUAUCCUCUUCAACAAAUACUUCAAGAUUUAGAUUAUAAACAUUCAUCUGCUACUUUUCUCAAUAUAUUAUUUGAUUUCAUUACGUAUUCAUCUGAUACUGAUCUUCUAUCUGUAAAUCAAACACAAUUUCAACCAGUACCACUGAAACAAAUGCAAAAUGUUGUUAAAUUUGAUAUGAAACUAUUAUUUUUUCAUGAUCCAACAGUUCAAAAUCAAACAAUAUCAUGUUCUCUAAUCUGUUCACAAGAUGUAUUUGAUAGCGAAACAGUAGAAGAACUAUCAAAACAAUUUCAACAUCUUCUUUCACAAUUAAAUGAAUCUAAAGAAAUACAACAAACAAUCUUUCGCCGAUUACCUAAUAUUAAGAAUGAAGGACCGGCUUCUUAUGCACAAUCUCGUAUUUGGCUUGAUGAACGAAUUCGAUUCGAUCCAGAUAAAGCACAAGUUGCAAUCUAUAAUAUGCCUUUUCUCUAUCGUCUUCAUUCAAAACAUACAUUAUCAACUACAGAACUUUACCAUGCACUUCAACUUAUUGUUAAAAAACAUCAAUCACUUCGAACAUCAAUUAUUUUCGAUGAUGAAACAAAUCAAAUCAUACAACGAAUUAUUGAUAUCAAUGAUCGUACUAGAAAACUAUUUACAUUUAUUGAAAGUACUUUCGAAACAGAUGAAGAUCUCAAUAAAAUUAUGUCUGAUGAGAAAUGCAAUUCUCAACUUUUUCAUCUUGAUCAAGGUCUUGUCUUUCGAUAG